GAGAGAUAACACACAGAGCUUUAUAAUCCCAGCGUGCAUUGCAGAAGCAGUUCACUCUUUGUCUCUGUGAGGUUGUGACCUCAUCUCCUCGUCUCCAGCGCCCCUGCAUCGCUCAUUGGAGCCCCGCCUCUCCUCUGACUGCGCUGGAAUUUCGAGACAGAACAUGGCUACCUUAGUCUUCGCUCUGUGUCUAGUGUCUGUUGUAUCUGCCACCAUCUUCCAAGACUGCGGCUCCUUGGGCACCGACGUCGAUCUCCGCGUGGAGGGCUGCGACGUCCCCCCCUGCGUCUUGAAGAGGGGGGAGACCUACCCUUUCGAGAUCCUUUUCACGGCCAGCAGGUCCUCCGCCGAGCUGCAAAUCGACGCGUACGCCUCCAUCGCCGGCAUCCCCGUGCCCUGGCCAGGCCUGGACACGGACGGCUGCAAGCAACUGCAGGGCACGGAGACGCCCUGCCCGAUCGGCGAAGGGGACAGUGUGAUCUGGCAUAUGGACGUCUACGUGCUGAAGGACUUUCCGGCGAUUGCAACUGUGGCAACGUUUAAACUACUCGACAGCCACGGAGAUCCUCAAGCAUGUGUCGUGGUUCCUGUACAGCUUAUAUAAGCCUCUAGACUGUGUAGGUCUGUCGAAGGUGUGGAUUAUUUUUGUGUCUCUUUGAUAUGGCGCUGUUGGUGUUAUCUCAGUGGGUUAGAGAGAUUUGUGAGUUCAGAUAGUAUGUAUGUUCAGAAAUGGAAAUGAGGUGUGAGUGUAUUUUUGGUGGAGCUUUAUGAUACAUAAACACACACACACACACACACAUACACACACACACACACACACACACACACACA